UGUCUAAACUUCCAUGUCUGAUGGCAUUUGACCCUAUUGCUUUUAGCUUUCUGGCUAUAAAUCUACAUAUACACAGGUAUAUGUGUAUAUUUUAUACCACUGCUCUCCAUUUGUUGAUAUCAAAGAGAGUUGAAGGAAAUGAAUUUUGAAACGUCACGGUGUGCUACCCUACAGUACUGCCCUGACCCCUACAUCCAGCGUUUCGUAGAAACCCCAGCUCAUUUCUCUUGGAAAGAAAGUUAUUACCGAUCUACCAUGUCCCAGAGCACACAGACAAGUGAAUUCCUCAGUCCAGAGGUUUUUCAGCAUAUCUGGGAUUUUCUGGAGCAGCCUAUAUGUUCAGUUCAGCCCAUUGACUUGAACUUUGUGGAUGAGUCAUCAGAAAAUGGUGCAACUAACAAGAUUGAGAUCAGCAUGGACUGCAUCCGCAUGCAAGACUCAGACCUCAGUGACCCCAUGUGGCCACAGUACACAAACCUGGGGCUCCUGAACAGCAUGGACCAGCAGAUUCAGAACGGCUCCUCGUCCACCAGCCCCUACAACACAGAGCACGCGCAGAACAGCGUCACGGCGCCCUCGCCCUACGCACAGCCCAGCUCCACCUUCGACGCCCUCUCGCCGUCGCCCGCGAUCCCCUCCAACACCGACUACCCGGGCCCACACAGCUUCGACGUGUCCUUCCAGCAGUCCAGCACCGCCAAGUCGGCCACCUGGACGUAUUCCACAGAACUGAAGAAGUUGUACUGCCAAAUUGCGAAGACAUGCCCUAUCCAGAUCAAGGUGAUGACCCCACCUCCUCAGGGAGCUGUCAUCCGCGCCAUGCCCGUCUACAAGAAGGCUGAGCACGUCACAGAAGUGGUGAAGCGGUGCCCCAACCAUGAACUGAGUCGUGAAUUCAAUGAGGGGCAGAUUGCCCCACCUAGUCAUUUGAUUCGAGUAGAAGGGAACAGCCAUGCCCAAUAUGUAGAAGACCCCAUCACAGGAAGACAGAGUGUGCUGGUACCUUAUGAGCCACCCCAGGUUGGCACUGAAUUCACGACAGUCUUGUACAAUUUCAUGUGUAACAGCAGUUGUGUUGGAGGGAUGAACCGCCGUCCAAUUUUAAUCAUUGUUACUCUGGAAACCAGAGAUGGGCAAGUCCUGGGCCGGCGGUGCUUUGAGGCCAGGAUCUGUGCUUGCCCAGGAAGAGACCGGAAGGCGGAUGAAGACAGCAUUAGAAAGCAGCAAGUUUCGGACAGUACAAAGAACGGUGAUGGUACGAAGCGCCCUUUUCGUCAGAAUACACAUGGGAUCCAGAUGACAUCCAUCAAGAAACGAAGAUCCCCAGAUGAUGAGCUGUUGUACUUGCCAGUGAGGGGUCGUGAGACUUACGAAAUGCUGUUAAAGAUCAAAGAGUCCCUGGAGCUCAUGCAGUAUCUUCCGCAGCACACGAUCGAAACGUACAGGCAGCAGCAGCAGCAGCAGCAUCAGCACUUACUUCAGAAACAGACCUCGAUGCAGUCUCAGGCUUCAUAUGGCAACAGCUCCCCACCUCUGAACAAAAUGAACAGCAUGAACAAGCUGCCUUCAGUGAGCCAGCUUAUCAACCCUCAGCAGCGCAACGCCCUCACUCCCACCACCAUUCCCGAUGGCAUGGGAGCCAACAUUCCUAUGAUGGGCACCCACAUGCCAAUGGCUGGAGAUAUGAAUGGACUCAGCCCCACCCAGGCCCUCCCUCCCCCACUCUCCAUGCCCUCCACCUCCCACUGCACCCCCCCACCUCCGUAUCCCACAGAUUGCAGCAUUGUCAGUUUCUUAGCGAGGUUGGGCUGUUCAUCAUGUCUGGACUAUUUCACGACCCAGGGGCUGACCACCAUCUAUCAGAUUGAGCAUUACUCCAUGGAUGAUUUGGCAAGUCUAAAGAUUCCUGAGCAGUUCCGACACGCCAUCUGGAAGGGCAUCCUGGACCACAGGCAGCUCCAUGACUUCUCCUCACCUCCGCAUCUCCUCCGGACCCCAAGUGGGGCCUCGACCGUCAGCGUGGGCUCCAGUGAGACGCGUGGUGAGCGUGUUAUCGAUGCUGUACGCUUCACCCUCCGCCAGACCAUCUCCUUCCCUCCCCGCGAUGAGUGGAAUGACUUCAACUUUGACAUGGAUGCUCGCCGCAACAAGCAACAGCGCAUCAAAGAGGAAGGGGAGUGAAUCCUGCGGGUUGGUUCUUCCCAUCCUUUACCCACCUGCCGAGCCCCCUAGAAGGCGUGCCUGCUUGAUUGUCAAAGCAUUCUCCCUAGCUCUUCCCCUUCUUCUUCUCAGUCCAGCAUCUUAAGGGAAAGAGAAGUGAGAGGCUACUACUUACCUACCAUGUGACCUGGCAUCUGAUUCUGAUUCUGGCUUUAAGCCGUCAAAGCUAUUGCUUGCAGACUGAGUUGUCAUGGUAGAUCGAAGUGAGCAAAUAAAGCAGUGGGUGUAUCUUUAGGCUACAGAGAUCUCUCAUUGACUUUUAUAAAGCAUUUUCAACUUUAUAGUCUAAGACUAUAUAUAUUAUAAAUAUAUAAAUAUACAGUAUAUAUUUUUGGGUGGGGGCAUUGAGUACUGUUUAAAUGUAAUUUAAAGGAAUGGAAAUUGCAUUGCACUUAUCAACUUUAAAAAAAAAUUAACUUCUCUUGGGUAGCUUCACGAUACCCCUUUUCUCAGGGGUAUCGUGGAUGAUGAUGUAGUAAGGAUGUAGAGCUCUAUGACCUGCCUGAUGGGGGACAGUGGUGUAUAUGACCUUUCAAUUCCUUGGAUGCUGAACACAUGCCAUGUUGAGACUUUUGAUAAAACCAUUUGUAUUUACCAUUUCUUACUGUAUGGCGAGACUAUAUAUGUACAUGAUCCUCUAUAUUGGCACAUUUUAUGUUAAUAGCAUCCCUUUCCAUGGUGCUGGUUCACUUUGUGUUUGUCACAAGAAAUAGUUCACAUUCACUUUUCCAAAGGCAAAAGAGCACAUCCUGUUUUGUCUUUGAUCAUGAAUGAGGAAUAUGGGUCAUGGCUAAAAUUCUGAAUAGAUCCAUGGCAUCCAGUUCUAAUGUGAUGCAUCUCAGCAUGUCAGUAACCCCUUUAAAAUUUGAUAUCAGACACUUUAGUAGUUCUUGGGAAAACAUUUGCUGCCAUUACAGAAUCCUUAAAAUCAAAUGUAUCUUGUAGAUUGGUUAACUCAAAUCCACAUUCACUACUCUUGUUAGAAUUCAGGUUGAUGCAGCUGGGAGGAGUGUCAUCUACACAGUUCUUACAGUGGAGCUGUAGUGUCUCUUAAGACAUUAUAGGAAACAUAAGCAUGACUCCAAAAUAUUAAGUGUCUACUAAAUACUGAGAUAACUCAUAAAACUGUGAAUUGAAAUUUCUGAAAGAUGCUUUGAAACAUGGAUAAUAGGUGGUAAAGGUUUCAUUUAAAGUCCCUCACAAAACUUUGGAAGUUUGUUUACUUUUUGUCUUCAGGGUUAAACAUAGCACAGUGAUCUGGGAAAUAUGAAAUCUUGAGAUGAAAUGUCCUAUGGCAUCAUUUGCAGUUACUGUCUUUUGUGAUCAGUAAGAGUUCUAGUUCAUCAGAAAGUAACUGUGAGCACCAAAUUUUCUAUCUGACCCCUUUCAGGCUAUGUGUAGACUUCACAAUGUUUCCACAAUCCUUCAAGAAUGAUGUUUAGAUCACAUCUAAAGAGAAUUGCCUUAGAACUUCCAGCAACAUGAAAAUGACAAUAUCCCUGUAGAUGUUUUGUAAACAUGCUUUGUAACCAAUACAUAUUUUUUCAACAUACAAAACAAAUAUUUGGAUAUACGCUAAUCUUGUCUAAAAUUUUCCCAUGUAUGUUCAUAAGGUCUAUUGUUGCACAUAAGCUUCCAUGUUAAAAGUGCAAAAGGGCUCAUGUGGCUGUCACAUGUAAUCUAGGAAGCUCAUCACAAAAUGUGUACAUAUUUUGCCUGUGAAAUUGUAUACCUUUUUUCUUCUUGGGAUUAUAGGUUUUCCAGAGCCAUAGAUGAAAAGCGUUUUUGUAUUUUUUUCUAUUUUCGUGGAUGAGCGAGUUGACAAGACUAUAAAGUCCGCUAAGAUACAUAGCAGUGAUUGUCAGAUGGGGGGGAGGAACACUUGUUUCUUAUUGUGUUUGUAUGUGUGUAUGUGUGUGUGCGAUAAAGAAAGUGAGUCCUUGAUUUCAACAUUUUAUUGUGCUUAAAUGAUUGUAAGCACUGUUAAUUUCUGAAACAAGCAUGCAGCUUUGAAAAUUCACUAGAAGAAAGUUGAAAGCUAUGUCUUGGUCAUGGUAGGGGGACAAAUAGCUUCUUCUAUUGUCCUGAGGGUUUGAAUAAACCUAGGACUUCUGAAUGAUUUCAGCACUGUUCAACUCAAAAAUUCCUGUCCAGUAUCUCAAGAAGUUGAUUUUAGCCAUAGAGGCCACACAUCCAGUGGCAACUUCCACUCCUCGAAUGUAAGAGUAGCCAGGACAAGGAAGAGAAAGUACUGAGAGCAGACAGCGGGAAAUGAGGUCCACGGAGUUCUGUAGCUUCCAUGCAGCUACCUGAAGAAUAAUAUGAGUGUUGUUUGCAGAAGGUUAUGGACGGAAAUAGACAGAGGAAUUCUCUUUAUUAAAUCUACUUACUUUUGUUGUGUUUGUAUUCCCCUAAAAUAUAGUACUUAGAAAUGUUGAAUAUUAAAGAAAUGUGGGGUUUUUUAUUAUUUUUUAUAAUUGUACAAAAAUUAAGCAAAUGACAGAAGUUUUAUAUGCUUAUUCAUGUUUUCAAAAGUUUCUUAUAGAUGUGAUGCUUUUUUUUUUUAAAGCUUUGGUUGCUUGUCUUUUGUUAUUUUUAUGUUACGGGCUUUUAGAGAGCCAGAAGGCAAAUCUAUAAGCCACUAAUUUGUCAAGAUCUGCAAUACAAUUUUAAAAUU